CAAAUGUAAAAGAGGUUAUUUUGUGUUGUAAGAUCGUCCAUUCCUCUUCCAUUAUUUUCAACUUCCAUAUAUAAGCACCAAUAACCAACGAUCAGAAUCCUUCAUCAACCCUUCCUUCUUCUCCUUCUCCUUCGUCAUCAUUUUCUUCCCUUUACAAAAUGAUCCUUCCUCUCUUUUUUCCUACCUACCAGUUUCCGUGUUUUUUUUCAUGAGUGAGUGAUGAUACACAAUGUCUAUAUUAUAUGCAUAUAAUACAAACCAAAGUUUGAUUGCCCAAUAACAAAGAUGGAGAACUCAAUGAGAUUUGGGUUGAUGGCUGUGUUUGCUGUAUCUGGAAGCAUGGUCCUCUUGGUUCAUCAAGUCCAUAAGCGUCUACUAUCUAACUUCAUGAAGAAAUUUGAGUUUGAAAUGGGUGGUACCUUAUGCGCACACGCCCAUAAGAAUUUGGGUAGCCCUGAGAAACAUCAAAUAAAAAAGAAGGUGCGGUUCGCAAAACAAGUGUUGGAACUUCCAUUGGAGAACAAGAGCUAUGGUAGGAAAGUGACAAGGGCACAACGGGUCAAGUCUGAGGACAUUUGGGUCAUGGAGAACACUCAGAAAUGGAGGCGUGGCCCCAAAUUAGAGGACAUCAUGCCUCCUAACAGGGCAGUUCUAUACAGGGGGAUUAUGAAAUAUAAAACUCUCCAUGGGAGACUUCGAUUUUAAUUUCUCUCUUUUUUUUUAGAAAAUUAGACAUGAUUUUUAUUUUUAUUUUUUUUGUAUGUGAAGAUCAUUUGAAGAAAAAUCUGCGCAAAUUGUAUGUCA